AGAGCAGCAGCAGCAGCAGGAGCCGCCGCCGUCUUCUUCAGCAUCGUCGACGCCGACUCCGUUUGCUUUGCGUUACGUGCGUCGUCUCUAGAACGUUCUCCCACACAACCAUCCACCCCCACCCCCGCUCGGGCACUUCGGGAAUCUACGUGUUAAAUUUUUUUUUUAAACCAUUUGACUGCAUGCAAAUUAACGAGCUUUUUACAAAAAAAAAAACCCACUACGCGAUCGUGGACAAUUGUCGGCACGUAUUUCUACACCCAGCGAGUUGUAGAGGAUUGGUGAUUAUUCAUCUAUACAUUUUUUUUCUCUUCCAGGGCCGCGAUCGGUGGGGUUUUGUUAGCGCUGUCGCAGCGUUCUCGUGUCUCGUCGGGAAUAUUUAAAUCUGCGUUUUGUAUUUGUCGCUAUUUUAAAAAAAAAUAUCUACCGUGCUCGGCUACGCUCGCGUUUUUUUCAUUGUAAUUACAAUUUAUACGCAAUUAUAAUCGCCUAUCACGCCCUGCAUUUAAUAUUAAAUUACAGGCGCUACCAACUCGCGCGAUCAACGCACCGAGGAGAGGGGGGGGGGUUGCGUUGGGAUUACCUCAAAACCAAAUCGCUUAAAUUGAAUCGCAACACCUAAACAACCGCUUUAAAAAAAUUCUCAACAAUAAAUAAAAAAACCAACUCAACCGAGCCAUGAAGACCAAGGUGGAGGUGUGCCCCUACGACUGCCAGCCCAAAGACGCCGACGACUUGGCCGAGUGCAAGGGCGUCCCCCACCGCCGUGCGGACGGAGUGGACUCGUCCACGCACGGCCAGGCGUGGCUCUGGUGCCGCGAGUUCCUCCCCGGGGCGUGGAAGCGCCUCCCCGAGCACAGCCUGCGGCUCUCCGUCAUCAGCGGCGGCCUCAGCAACCGGCUGUACCUGUGCGCCCUUCCGGACGACGUGGAGAGCGUUCACGAGGAGCCACGCCAGGUGCUGCUGCGUCUCUACGGCGCCAUCCUACAGAUGUGCCACGAUGAUGGUUCCAACAACAGUAGCCCAGCAAGUGUCACUUUCCAAAGCGCGACAGCCAUCGUCCUGGAGAGUGUCAUGUUCGCCAUCCUGGCCGAGCGAGCGCUGGGACCCAAGCUCUACGGCAUCUUCCCCCAGGGCCGCCUGGAGCAGUACAUCCCGAGCCGGAAAUUGGCCACAGAAGAGCUCUGGGUGCCUGAGCUGUCAGCCCAGAUCGCCACCAAGAUGGGCCACUUCCACCUCAUGCAGAUGCCGUUCAACAAGGAGCCGCGCUGGCUGUUUGACACCAUGACCCGGUAUCUCGACCAAGUUAUGACGCUGAACUUCUCGCGAGAGGUGCAGAUCCGGAAGUUCAACAAGCUGCUGGCCUUCAACCUCGUGCAGGAGAUGGACUCCCUCAAGUCCCUACUCGCAGAGACGCCGUCGCCGGUCGUGUUUUGCCACAAUGAUUGUCAGGAAGGGAAUAUUCUCCUGCUCAAUGAGGAGGACUCGACUGCCAGCGCUCGCCUCAUGAUCAUUGACUUCGAGUACAGCAGCUACAAUUACAGGGGCUUCGACAUCGGAAACCACUUUUGCGAGUGGAUGUUCGACUACUCUCAGUCGUCUUGGCCGUUUUUCAAAACCAACGUGGAGAACUACCCAUCGCGCGAGCAGCAGCUGCUCUUUAUUCGCCAAUACCUGGCGGCGUGCGGUGACGAUGACGACAUCGAUCUCAACAAGGAGGAGGCCAUGCUGGUGGAGGUCAAUCGGUUUGCCCUGGCAUCCCACUUCUUCUGGGGUCUCUGGGCCAUCAUUCAAGCCAAGAUAUCCACCAUAGAGUUUGGUUAUUUGGAGUAUGCCCUCGCCAGGUUCGAGACUUACUUUGCUCAAAAGAAGAAGUUUGUGUGAGAAGCGACGGUCGCCGCACCGUGCCCACUUCCCGCCUUGUGAUUCAAACGGAACCGGACCGACGCCGAUGAGGGGAGAGAAAGAAAACGGUUUGUGUCGAGAGCGAGAGAGAGAGAGGGGCGUACGCUGGAAUAAGGGAAUGACCAAUUUUUCGCCCGCAAAAAAGUGAAACCUGAGGUGGCGUGCUGCUGAAGUGUCUGAAAUGGAUCUCUGAAACGCUUGUUCUAAUGUCAAACUUGAAAAUGCUCAAGCUGAACGCGUUGUUCUCUUUACAUUCGUUGUUUUUAACCGUCUGUCUCUGCUAUAGCCAGUCCCAUCCGUGCCAUUCUUAACCCUCCGCACACGGGAGCAGAUUGCAUUGUUGUUGCGUGGUCCUGUGUAUUCUGCUUCUUCACAUUGGGCUACGCCCGCUCAUGAUGCUGUGACGUAUUUUGUUCACUUCGCGGUUGGUAAAAGCUUUGUAAAUGCAUCGCAAGCUAAGUUGGGGAGAAAAAAACACGUUCGGUAUUUUUCCCUCCACCUCGAGAUGGCUGCAAGCGCAUCAACUCGGUCCUUCAUCUCUAUGGGGGGGGGGGGGGAAUCAACCAAAUGAGUACCUCUUCAUAGGGAAAUCCAAAGUUGAAAGUUUAUUUACAGAGUAAAGCCCAUUGUGCUAUAGAGUUUUUUUUGUCAAGGCAACCCCGUAGUUGCUCUUAGGGCAGACUGGUCCCCCCACCACCAUAGGGAAUUUGGAAUUUCACACUUUGGCUCGUUUCUGUUAACGGAAAAGAGCAUCGCCCCAUCCUCCAUAGAGCGUGGGUGGAGGGGGUGGGGGGGGGUAGAACCUUGACUUUGAAUCCACGGGCUGUCGUCGUGUUCUUCGCAUCACUGAAGUACCCUUUAUUAUACACUUGUAAUUUAUAAGCCUUUUGAAGGUGGAUUCCAGUUAAUGAAAAGUGCUGCUUCUGGAGUCCGGAUAACCUGGCACCCAAUGCCCAGGCACUUUACUCGGACUCUACGGAUACAUUCUGGCACCAGCGUGUGCCGUAUUCUGUUGGGAAUUAGCAAAUUGCACAAUUUAGAUAACUCUGGCAAACAACGCUUACCGGGUCAAUAACAUGCAUUGUGCAGCAACAUGUGUGCCUUGUUAAUUGCCAUCCCAGAAAUGUAAUCAUGUUAUUGAUAUUCCUUUACCAUCAUAUUGUAAUUGUGAGCACACUGGACUUGCAAACCAGUGGUCGCCGGUUAGAUUCCAUCUCCUGGCGCGGGAGUGAAGACUCGUGCAAGUUUCUUGAAUCCCACUUGCCCUCCUGUCCACCCAGCAUUAUAAACGGGGGAAACACCCACACGUAGUUGUUUAGCGAAUCGCACGUGGUCGGAUGAGGUGGGUGGGUACGCCCACCUCUUCCAAAGACGUCUGGGGAGCUUUGAAGAGGAGGACCAAAAUACCGAGGAACGGCUGCUCUUUCGUGCCCUCUAUGGAGACUUUUCCCACCAGCAGUGUCAUGAGCAAGCCGUUUGUCGAGCUGCACCUUUAACCCCAAGUUCUAAUCCAGGAAAACGUCACGGAGUCGGAUUAUAUUUUGCAUCGGGGUGUUUGGCCAAUUUCUUAUUCAGUAUUUGUGUGCAUGGGAGAAAACCAAAGUGCCUGGAAAAUACCCCACACACUGAAGGGGAUAUCACAACAUCUCUAAGGGAUGUCGGCAAACCAUUUUGCUGUACUGCCUUAUUUUCUCAUGCACUGAAUACAAGGCUAAACGCUCCGCGGAUGUGAAUGAACGAAGGAGUUGGGGGGGGAGCAUUUUGUGUUUGAAGCUGGCAACCCAUCCUUGUAGGGAAGCAAAGCUUGUAAUAAACUGCAGGCUUCAGGCAGUUUGGUCCAAAUGCCUGGGGGACUCGAGUUGCCUUAGCACCAAAGUGUUUGCUAAGCGCUGAAGUUUACUUUUUAAGCAGUUAAGGACAAAUUGAGACAAGGGGGGAGGGAGAUUAACAGUCCAAAAGUCAUUAUAGACAACAACCGUGUCAACUAAGACAGGAUAGAAGACAAUACAAUCAAUUGAGGGGCAAAAUAAUUCUAGCCACGUAAAACUAAACCUUUAAAAAAGCAAAUAAAGAUUUUUUUAUUGCAAUUUUUCCAUGUUUUGCAACAAUUUUGGCAACCAUUUGGCUUGGUGUUGCUAUGGUUUGAGCGCUCGCAUUUGAAAGGUUCAAAUCCUAAUUGGGGGGAGGAUGGAGAUCACCUCAACCCAUAAUGUCUUCAUGGUUGAUUAAAACAAAAACUAUUUGUGGAAAAGUGGUUGUCUGAUGGAAAUAAUGGGCCCUCACCUUAGGAAUGUGGAAUUUCCACCACUCGCUUGGAGCCACCUAAUUGAAGAUGAGCUAGCACCCUAUUGCUCACUCGAGCAGAGGAGACGCGUUGGCUUGGAAAGAGACUGGUGUGUCCGGCAGAUCUGGUCGUCUGCUUCAGCUGUUGUAAUGUGCUGCGCGUGUGUGUGCGUGUGCGUCUACGCGUAAAGUUUCUCCUGCAGAAACCCUCUUACCUGUUGGUGUCGAGCGGCCUGCGGUGCUAUGGCGGACUGCAGACAGACAGACAGACAUGUCUGCAGGCUGCGCCACUGCUAAUACUCUAAAGUGAUUCUCUCUGCCCGCAGUGCACCUUGCUAUGUGAGUGUUUGUACCGUGCAUAGCUGGGCGUAUGGCACCUACACUGGCAAAGCUUGCAUUUGUUCCUAUAUCUAAAGCGAUGGGAAUGCACUGUGUGGUCAGUCCCUUUGUGGGGACGCCUCACUUGAUCUUAUGAUCGCUGAUAAUAGUACGAUCUGUGAGCUCGCUGGUUUUGUGGUCUUCAGGGUCGAUGGUGAUAUGAUCUUAUGGUCUUUAAAAUGCAAUUGCUGCUGUUGCUGCUGUUGCGUGCUUGCGCGUGUCUUGAGCUGUUUUGCAUUGCAAAAGGAAAAGUGUAAAGUUUGUAUGUAUUUUCGUAUGCUUUAUGGAUCAUGUGGGCGAAAAAGCCGCGCCGAACGUGCAGAUUUUUUUUAAUUAUUAUUAUUGCAUGCAUGGAGAAUGCAUAUAUAUAUUUUUAAUGUGACACUUUGUACAAAAGAGUACCUUCACUUUUUUUCACGUUCAUCUUUUUUUAAGUAAUUGAAAUCUCGGAACCAAUAACUACAUUUAAAAAAAAAUAAGGUUUUUGUAAUUAUUUCUCUUUGGUUGUUAUGCUCGGUUAUUGAAAUGUUCCAAAUGCUGUGAGUUACAGAUGGACAGUUUUGUUUCUGUUUAAUGGUUCCAAUAUGUACUGUCUUUUUUUUUAAUUUAAGUUGGGUGAUGUCACAUCCACCCGAAGCGAAACUGCGUUUGAGUUGGAAAUUUGUGAAUGGAGAGCAUGGGUCACACGGUGUUGAGGAUCGCUAUAAUUUAAGUGAGUACAACAAAACUGGACUCGAUUAGUAACGCGUGUCCAAAAACGUCACCCACCGGUUCAGGUGCUGCUGAGAAUGAUGGAUUGUAAUUGACCGACUCGCUGUUGCGUUGCAAGCCCCUUGCCUCCUUUGGAUGAUUCAGAUUUUCUGGAUUCAGUGCGUCACCAACCACGUGAUUGGAUGAAAUUAGAAAAGUAAAUCUUGAUUGGCUCUGUACCGUUUUAAUGACAUUUCUCCCCAAUGUUUCUCAAGUAUAUUUCAGCACGGCGACACAUCUUGAAGUAUUGGUACCGUGGUUAGUGCUGCGUCCACCUCGCAAUCGAAAGAUCGAGUUUAAGAGUCUGGAGCUUACUCGGUCCAUCAUUGUUCUGGGGUGAAUAAACGAUAUCCCACUUUGUGGGAAGUCAACUGUG